AUGCCGUCGGUCGGCGCACGGGAGGACCACCGGCGGGCCGGGUCGAUCGGCUGGGGGCAGGCGGGGAUCUGCGGCGGGGGCGGGGGGAUGAUGAGGAAGUAUCCGAUCCCGAGCGGGCCGGACGAUUGGGGAAAGCUACCCGAGGAACAGGACAAACUGGUGCAGCAGUUGAGGGAGUCGCUGGAGGCGAGGAAUGCUUUCGAUGAGGAGAAACAUGACUAUGGCAUGCUGCUGCGAUUCCUGCGUGCCCGUGACUACGACAUUAGCAGGGCAACCAGGAUGAUGCUCGACCACCUGCAGUGGCGCCAGGAGAACCGGGUGGAUCAGAUUUUGGACGAGUUUAACUUCACAGAGAGGGAGGAGUUUCUGUCGACCUAUCCGCAAGGAUACCACAAAACCGACAAACAGGGCCAUCCUGUGUACAUCCAGCACCUAGGGAACAUUAACCUGACAAGGAUUCGGGAGGUGACAACAGAGGAACGAAUGCUGAAGUACCACAUACAGGAGUACGAGCGCUGCCUCAAGCACAUCUUCCCGGUGUGCUCAAAAGUGUGGAAUCGACAGAUUGACUCCACUUUUGCAGUCAUGGAUGUCAAAGGGAUUGGCUUCUACCACAUGACCAAGGAGGUGCGAAACGUUCUGGCAAUGAUCAUGAAGGUGGACUCAGAUAACUACCCCGAGACGUUGUAUCACACAUGCUUGAUCAAUGCGCCUGCGACUUUCAGGGCUGUGUGGGCUGUAAUAAAGCCCAUGCUGAACAAACGAACACAGGACAAGAUCGAGGUGUGCCCUAAGGAUUACAUGCCCUGCCUGAAGAAAUGGAUCGAUGAGGAGAACAUCCCUGAGUAUCUGGGGGGCAAGUCCAAGGGCACCCUCAUCGACGACGUGGGCCCGUGGCAUUCAGAGGAGCCGGUGAGAGAGGUUGAGAUGGAGAGACCUGGUGGACAGGGGGCAGCGGAGGGCGACAUUUCGGCGCGGUCUGCGCGGCACGACGACUGGACGCCGAUGAGGCAAUCCAGCACACUGUCGAAUGCCACUGUGUUUGAAGAUGCCAUCGAUCGAGAGAUCGACGACUUGGGGGUGGAUGACAGCAUUCCAGCGGUGGGGCACGGAAUGGAUCCCCCGACCAUGUCUGAAGCGACAGUGUCCACGAGUGGGACCCCCCGUCGAUCUACCGCUUUGGCAGCUCGCAUCCAUGACCUGGAGAGUCGAUUGCCGACCCAGGUGGCGCGAUUGAGGAGUCGUAUGGGGCGGGAGGACAGGGAACGGCUGCAGUACUUUUCUUCAGCUCCUCGGGGAUCCCUGCUGGGAAGAGUGGAGGUGCUGGAAGAGGGCAUGGAGCUCCUUUUGGCUGCACAGGAGCGUUCAUGGGGGAGUCGGCAGGCGAGGCGCUCGAGCUGCGCUUGCUGCUCCAUAAUGUAG